UAGGCAGCCAGAAACGUUUCAAGAAAACAAAUAAGGUGCCUUACAACUUGGCACCUAUGUCUACUAAUAUUUACUUCUUGUUUUCGUUGUAUAUAACUUGUGUAUACUCAUAAUUCUUAAAAGCGCUUAUUUUUCAAACACAUAACUCAAUCAUGUUUCAUAUAUUUUGUUGCUCUAUGAAGAUAACUUGAUAUUUCUCGUACCAAUCAAGCUGUAAAUACUUGUUGCACGUAACUGUUAUUCGAACAUAUGAUGCUUUAAAAGUAUCCCAAGUAAAGAACUGAAAGUUGCCAAAUUAUGUGUGCAUCUAGUCAAAUGCAUUGAGAUAUAUUAUUCAUAUUUAGUAUUAUUUCUAAGAAAAGCAUUUAUAUUUCUUAAAAUUUGUGAUAUUUUCAAGAUCUCUCUUCUAAUAUUUUUAUCAAUUUGGUGUAUAGAUUAAUUGUCCUCAAUUUCAUUGCUCAGAAACAUGUCAAAUAUUCAAAAUAGUGAAAGUGAUUCGAAUCAUUCUUGUAAGAUUGACAAUUGUUCAAAUGGUUCUGUACCUAUGGAGCAAACAUCUCAUAUUGUAUCAUCAAAUAAUGAUUGUUGUGAUAUGAAUGAAAAUGGAACAAUUGAUCACACAAAUAAUGAUUUUGUGACUUCAGGGGAAAGUAAUCCAUCUUCCAAUGAAACAUCACCAAAUAGGCGACCAUUAAGUGAUCAUGUAACUGAAGAUGAAAUAAUUAAAGACAAAUUAUCUAAUGUUCCAGAGAAUAGUCUUAAUAGUACAAAAGAACCUAUUACUUGUGAUGUUGAAUCCUGUGUAUCUAGUAAUGAUUCCAUGAUAGAAACGAACACUGAUAACUUAAGUAUUGAUAGUGUUUCGUCUGAUGAUAGUAGAAAACAAGAAUGCAGUGUUGAGAUAGCAAAAAUACCAGAUAAUACUAUGAAUGAAAUAUUUAAGGCAUUAGAAGCUCGAAAUGCUAUGAUGGAAAAUGAAAUAGCACAGUUAAGGAAAGCAUUAUAUGCUCAAGAGGUAGCAUUUAAGAAAGCUGAAUCUGAAUCAAGGACAGAUUUCUUAAGUAGUAUUGAAAAGCUAUCAAAAGAAUGUAAUACUCUCCGGAAAGAUAAAGAAACAAUGGUUAUCCGUUAUGCAAAUAGUGAGAAAGAAGUUAUCAAAGAGAAAAAGAUACGUCAAGAAAUGGAUAAAAAGUUAAAAGAUUUGGCUAAAGAGAGGGAUAAUUUAAUGGCUAAAGUAAAACAUCUUAACUCAGAGAACAAUCGGUUGUCUGCUUUGCAUGAAAGUAAAAUGGUUGAAAUAGCUAAAGUACAAAAGAAUUUUGAUAAGCUGAACUCAGAUUUUAAUGCUCGAGAGAUUCGAAUAAAAUGGCUGCAAAAUAACUUAAAAACAGAAAUGAAUUCUCACCAGGAAACUCAAGCAAAAUUAGAUCAUGUAACUCAAAGAUUGAAUGAGAUGAAGGAAGAAGCUGAGCAAGUUCGUAGGGAUUGUCAAGAAAUGAUAAAAUGUUAUCAGGAAGGAGAAGAAACAAAAUCUGUUAAACUUGAUUGCCAACUUAAACAAAAGCAAACUGAGUUGGAAGUACAAAAACAAGAAAAGUGUGACCAAGAGCAGGUUUACCAGCUGUUGAGACAAGAAUUAGAAGCUUUAAAAAAGAAACAAAGAUCAACUAUGGAAGAAAAUAGUUCUCUUACUCUAAAAAUUCAUAAUUUAGAAAAACAGAGACUGGAGUAUGAGCAAAAUUUAAGUAAACUUAAAGAUUCUCAAAAUAUAUUAAAACAAGAAGUUGUUGAUUUAACUGCUCAUCUGGCUGAAAUGGAGACUUUACAGCUACAGUUAGAAAGAGAAAAAGAGAAAUCAAAUGCAAGCUUGAAAGAAGUUGAGAGACUUCGUUCAACAAAUGCUGAACUACAAGCUGAUAUGAAUGCUUGCCAUGUAAAGGAGGGAGAACUUUUAAAGUUUACUGAAGGUGUCACAGACACAAAUGUUAAACUGCAGUCUGCUUAUAGUUUGUUGGAAAUUAAGGCUCAAGCACUAGAAGAAGAAUUAGCUGAAGUCAAGCAACAACUUGCUGAUUAUCAAGAAAAAUACUUACAGUCUGUAUCUGAAGCAGAAAGAGUUCACAAAGAACAUGAGGAAGAAGGCCAGCUAUUAGCACGAAAGCUAGCAGAAAAAAUUAAAAAUGUUGAAAAGCUUAGUAUGAAGUUGGAUGAAUCUGAAAAUGAAAAUAGAGUUCUAAAACGACGACAUCUUGCCAGUAUUAAGGAACUUUCUAGAGAACUUCAAGAAUGUAAAAGAAGGUUAGAUGGGGUAGACAUUCGUAAUGGUAUUAGAACUGAAACUAGUAGUUUGGGUUCUAGAGCAAGCUCUGCUGCAUCCUUAGAUGUGAUGAGCUCUAAUGAGCAUAAAGCAAGUGCAAUGUACCCUUCAUCUUCAUCUCAGUCAUUAAAUGAAAAGCCUUCAUCAAAUGAAAAAAUCGAUAAUGAUUUACCUGGAAUAGAUAAAGAGAUGUUAAUAGAGAAGAUUAUAAAGCUUCAGAAGCAACUAGUUGCAAAAAAUGAGAGAAUUGACUUCCUUAAAGAUCACAUUGUUCAUCUAGUGAAAGAAAUGAAAAAGAAAUGCAAGUGUGAUGGAUUAAAAACAGUUUAGGAAUGCCAAAACUUUUUUUUUGACUGCCUUAUAUAUCAUUCUAUAUUUGUGUAAAAUUCUAAUAUAACUUAUAUCUAUACGGAAAUUGUAAAUUUAUGUAUAAUUGUACUAUAUUAUUUUUUUCUCAUAUAUUUAAUAAAAUUUAAUUUUGUUGAUUC